AUGGGGAAAAUGACAGCUAUAAAGAGCAUUGAUCUUUCUAGGAUCGACUUGAUGGCGCCAUACCAAGUUCCAUUCAGGAAUCUCGUCAAGGUGAUCAGCGGCUGCACGAACACUGAUCUGAGAGCUCUGGUGCCGCAAUACGUACCCAACGGGGGCUUGGGGAAGUGGCUGUACUCCAACAACUACAACUUGGGUCUCCAUCAGCGAGUGAAGAUAACGGUCGACGUUGCAACAGCACUCGAAUAUCUCCACCAGGGCCAACCAGAACCCAUUGUGCACUGCGAUCUGAAGCCUAGCGAUGUUCUUAUAAAUGAGGUCCUGGUUGCACAAAUCCGAGACUUUGGAAUCGCGAAGAUUUUGGCUUAG